CCUGGGAUGUGCCAGAGGAUGUGAGAUGGAGGUGCCCCCAGCCAGCUGUUCAGCCACACCAGCCACAAAUCAGCCAGUACAGACCCUGUGCCUCCAGGCUUCCCAUAGCAAGCAGACAGCCCCACAUCUCACUGGCCCUGUCAUCUUGCAACCCGAACAAAGUCUGCCUCCGACCGUGUAUCUGAAGGCCCUUACCAUUCCACUGUACCACCCAGUCCAGGCUGGAGGCUUCCAGCCAAGUCAUUCACUGGUAGCCAGCGGUGGCAGCUUCAGCCUGGACAGCAGCAACCUUCCCUUAAUUUUGAGUCCAUUGCUUCAGUCAGAGAGGACGGAAGCAUCCCAGCCAAGGAAGCCCCAGACCCAAACACUAACUGUGAACAUCGUGGGUGCUCUACCUGUCUUGUCCCCUGCUGCCUCCUGUUCGAGCACAACCUUGGGAAGCCCAGGGAAGUCCCGGAAUGCAGGGAAGUAUCUGUGCCAGCACUGUGGGCGGGACUGCCUGAAGCCCAGUGUGCUUGAGAAGCAUAUCCGUUCCCACACAGGAGAGAGGCCUUUCCCUUGUACCACUUGUGGCAUUGCCUUCAAGACCCAGAGCAAUUUGUACAAGCAUAGAAGGACUCAGACACACAUCAACAAUGCUCGACUGUCAUCAGAGUCUGACAACAGCAGCCUCCUGGAAGACGGUGACAGGCUGGGAGAAACCCUCCCACAGCCCUCCACGACCGAGCAGAGCGGUGAGGAAAAAGAUGUGGGAGAGGAAGAAAGGACUUUGGAGAUCACCACCUCUCCCAGUACCCUGGGGACUGGGCAGACAGGGCCCUCAGCUUUGAAUUCUUUUUCAUUCAAGAGUCUGGAGACGAAAUCCGAGAUUUCUCCAGGUCAUGGGUCUGCUCUUGGGGCCUUGGACAAGGAAGCCCCAUUGGAACCUCCACAUAGGGCUUCCCCAGGGCUUUUGCCAGUAGGUAUGCCCCAGAGAUGGAAGAUGCAGGAACAGAGAUCUCCAACAGCCAGUAAGCACAGCCAGCUGCAAAGACAGCAAGCAACCUACUCUGAGAAGCAUUGGGACGUGAAGGUGUCUGAAGGCAAGCUGAAGAAAUGUGAGAGCACAGACUCAGGCUACCUCUCACGGUCUGACAGCGUGGAGCAGCAGGUGCUGUCCGCAAGUCCCCUGCACAGUCUGUCUGAACACAGUGUGGAGUCAGAGAAUGAUCCUCCUGAGCUUCCGAAAGGAAUGGCAUCAACUGGCACCAAAGUCCAUCUUGGGGAAAGAGCAGCUGCCCUGAUGUUGGAGAAAAAGAAGCUAGAGGAACACAUUUCCAAACUCAUCUCCCACAACAAGGCUGUGGUGGAUGACACCCAACUGGACAAUGUCAGGCCCAGGAAGACCAUCCUCUCGAAGCAGGGAAGCAUCGAUCUCCCUAUGCCUUAUACUUACAAGGACUCCUUCCAUUUUGACAUCAGAUCCCUCAAUACCACCCGGAAGAAGAAUAUCACAUUAUGCUCUGUCAAAUCCACCUACACUCCACUUGAAAAAUCCAAGCCUCUCUUCUUCCACUCAGUCCCUACUCAGUUUUCCACCACCGUGGAUUGUGUGCCUGUCACAAGGAGCAAUUCCUUGCCAUUUGUUGAAGGUACUAGAACCUUUCAGGAGAGGGCAGAGAACCCUUGGGCAUCUUGCCUCUCAAAGCGGCCCCCAAGUCCUGGUUCCUCACAUCAUCUGCAUGGUGAUAGUUCUGGUUCUGUACCGAGGUCUGUGGAUUUUCCCAGCAGCCACCCUCGGGCCCUGGUCAGACAAGUUGCGGUGGAGGACCUGCCGCUGAGUCAUCCCACUGAUAACCAGACACCAACGGAAGAUCACAAUGGUGGGAAAAAACUGAGUGGGGAGGGGACCUCUGUGAGAUGCAAGGUGGCAGGAAAGAAAUUCAGUCAAAGAAAACUGAAGAUGUUCUCCCAGGAGAAGUGGCAAAUGUAUGGGGAUGAAACAUUUAAGAAAAUAUACCAGAAAAUGAAAACCAGUCAAAGUAUCAAGAAGCCAAGGGAAACAAGGCUGUGUGACACAAGAAACCUGGGCUCUGACAGAAAAGAGGCUGAGGGUGGAGAGGGCAUGGCAGGGCCCAGAGAUACCAGGGCCUCUACAUGUGGGGGUGUUAUUUUGAGCCCCCAGAUCAUGUCCCCACUUGGGGAAAAAGUUACAGAGCCCGACCCCGUGGGGCAUCAGCAAGCCCAGGAAGUUUCAUUGUCUGAGAAUGAACACAAGGAAACAUCUCAGCUGUUGGGAAGCGGUGCCCAUCCUAGAGUGAAUAGAGCUGGGUCAUCCCCUACCCUUAGCUGUAGCAUCCCCUCCAACAUGGUUAAUCAUGUAGGUAGCCAGAAGCCUUUGCCAGCUCCAAAUGCCAAGCAGUCAGUGGUGCAGCAGAUGCUAAGGGAAGCCUGUGCACCAUGCCCCCAUGCCCUCAGUGCUGGUGAUAGGAAGUCUUUUAUUCCCAUUUCACAAGACUCUUCCACUGUUGUCCUAGAUCAGGAAGCCAUUCCUCCCAGUGAUGGGGAAGACAAGGAAGGGUGUCAGUGGGCCCAAGUGGUUCUGAGGCUACACAGCUGCAGCCCUGGCAAAACCUUGCCAGAGUCAGAAAAGCUCCCAUCUGAGAGAAAAAAACUGAAGGUGGAGGAACUGAGUAGUAAAAAGAAUUGGGUGUUCUUGGAAUCGGGAGGGGAGGGGAGUAAAGUGCUAGAUUGCUCCUCCCCUGGUAUCUCCUCAGAAUCUAGGACAGAUAAAGCUCAGCAGGGAGCAAGUGGCUUAGACACCGGACCAAGUGAACGCAUUAAGAGUAUUGAAGGUGUCUCAGAGAGAAAGGACAGCAGUGAGGGUGGUGGUGCAGGAGAAGCCAUGCCGUCUGUCUCAGAUGCAGAGAGUGUGUCAUUGGCAUCAUUUUCUGCUAUUCUGGGGCUUGGUUUGACAAACAGAAAAUACUCCAAACAUUCUUAUUUUUGUGACUCUGCAGCUGUAGGAACCAGGAGGGGCCCUGAGCCCCCAGAUGGAAGUCACUUUCCUUCUUCGAUUACAGCUGCAAGUACAACUUCUGGGCUGACCAUUCCUCAGAAAGACAAUGCAUUUUCUCCAAAAUAUAUCCUUCAGUUACCUCAAGAAGAGACUCGAACAGAAUUAUCCGUUGCUAUGGGCAAGAAGCAGGAAACUAUGUCCCUCAGAGGAAGCAAAAAGGCAAAUGAGGUUGAAUCUCUGGCUGGGCCUUCCUCUCUCCCCCAGGCAGAGUGUCCAGCAGGUGCGCUGGGGUUGCCCCUUAAUAGAGUAACACCCACUAUGGCUUCGGCAUCUCACUUGUCUCCUAGACCGGUGCACUCCAUCAACAUCCUCACUGAGCUAGCCAGUGGCAGUGAGAGUCCCAGGCACGUGCAACCAGGAGGUGUGGGAGCAGAGCUUGGAGACACAGCAGUUGGUAAGGCACAGGCAUCUGAGGAGACACCAGGCAGAGCCACGUGCUGCACCAAACAGGUGGCUGAGAAGAAGGUUUCUUUUACCUCCGUGUACACAAGCAGCUUUCUCAUAGCAACUGACAUUAAAAGUGAGGGUCAGCUCCUCCGCCACCUCCAUUCAGGGAGUACCACGUUACUGGUGACAUCCACAUCUGGAAAAAGAGAGUCUUCUUGGGGUACUUCUGAACAGCUGCUUCAGGACUGGGAGUUGUGUGAGACUUCCUCACAUGGCCAGGAGCAUACUCCGCAAGGCUUGGAGAACUCUCCCAGGUCGCUGGAGAAUACCAGCAUAUGCCACUCAUUUGAAAGCUUUUACUGCCAUGCUCUUCCUACUCAGCACCAAGACUCCCUUGUCUGGCCCCAAAUCAGCCCAACUUCACACUCAGGGUACCCUCGGAGCUCAGGGGCCAGGGGCUCCUUCCCCUCCCUAAGCGCUGAGCCGCGACUUACAUGGUGUUGCCUCAGCCGGAGCCUCCCUCUGCCAGCAGAACAGAAAGAGAAGGCUCACUCAGUAUAUUCUUCCUUGCACAUCUGUGACAAUAACUCUGGUGAAGAAGGUGCAAGAUCCAGGAGGGACUUCUCUUUUCUUGAUGUGAAAAACAUGACCCAGGCAGUCACCUAUGGAUUGACGAGUGGAAGCCUGAAAACACUGGUAUCUUCACUGUCAUGGGGGCAACAGAAACAAAAGCUGUCCCGGGCAAUAGGUGCAGGGAGAGUGUCUGGUGAAAAGGUUUCAGAGCCAGAGAAGAAGAGAGGAGUGCCCUGUAGGAGGGGGAAGGCGCCUACAAAUCCUCCUGGUGUGAGCAACAAGCAGAAGAGAAAGAUCAACCCCAAAAGGUAUAAACGAGGUCAUCUACAGGGAUGUGUUCAUCUGAAAGCAAGCCGCCUUCGGAAGCAACGCUGGGCUAUGAGAAAGCAGCAGUUUCCACCUACACCAGAUGGCCGUGAAGAGGGCAAGACUUGUCGGCCUCCUUCACCAGACCAAGCAGGUCCAAGUUUACAAGGGACGUCAUCUGGCACAAUCUCAGAACUGUCACCUUGCUGUGAGGAUGAACCUAAGAGUGAAGAUAACAGUAAAAAUAACUCAGGAAACUUUUCUCACAGUGUAAGUUCAAGAAGCUUCCAGGAAACAGACAAGCUGCAUGCGGAAGAUUUGCCUCCAUCUGCUAGUGAGUGUGGUGAUCCCUCUCUUCAGAACACUACCACCACUUCAGGAUUACCUCUGAAAACACAUGGUGGCUUGGCCACAGCUAAGGUUAAGCCUUUUGCAUAUGACAGUAGCCUCAAUACUGGAUUACUGCUGACUCCUUCCCAAGAAACAUCGAAACACAUUCCAAUAGACUCAACUUCAAAAAGUUACUUAGAUCCUUUGGGGCCUUCUUGUUUGGAUGCCAAAGGAAUAUUUCACCUUCCUGAUGCUGUCACAUCUGGAUCUGCCAUUUCUAUUUCUUUAGGGGCCAAAUCAAACCACAAAACCCUGAGAAUUCACAAUGAUGAGUCUCAGGCCAGAGAUGCAGCAAUAGCAAACCCUCUGUCACAAAACAUGCUAAACAGAGAACCCAUAGUAGUAGGUAAGUCAUGUUCACCUUUACCAGAGAAACCCUCAUCUGGAUCACGAGUUUCAUGCUCAGCUUCAAUGGGCAUGACUGGGAAGACUCAACUGGAAACAUCACCUUCAGGACUUAGCACAAGUAGUUUACAUCAGGUGACAAUCAGACCUCGGACAUACUUUUCUACUAGUAGCUAUUAUAGCUGUGGGGAAAAGCAUGGAACUUGUGUAGAUGAAAGUGAGAGUGGGAAAAACCAAGUAACUAGAAUGGUCACAGUUAAAGAGAGCAUCGUUACUGCUAGUCCUGGAGAGUCCUUAAAUAUUUCUGGAGCAUCUUCUAAAACCCUCAAGAAGAGGAGCCUAGAAGGGAUGAGGAAGCAAACUCGAGUAGAAUAUAGUGACACCAGUAGUGAUGAUGAAGACCGCUUAGUUAUAGAAUUGUAGAGACUCUAGAAACAGAAGGGUUAUAUUAUAAAAGAACACAGGGAAUAGAAUUACCUAGAAACAAAUGCCACUGACUUGACAGGAAAACUGAAUUUCUCUUAUGAUGCACCUUAAGAUUAGAAAAAAAGCCUUGGAUGCUAGAGGCCAAGUUAUGGCAAAAGGCUUACUGCCUUCCACUGUAUAGCUCUGGGUGACAUUAGUGUGAACGAAAGGCAACUUUGCUUCAGCAAAAGUAGUCAUGAAGUUAUUGUUUCUGAAUAGAACCUGUAAAUAUUCUCUGUACCUUAACUCCCUGCUGCAUUAAGACUGUCUUUAUCUCCCUUCUUUCCUUUCUCUUUAGAGUUUUCUUAAUCCUUUGUUCCCUAGAAGGGACUCUAUGACUGUUUACAAGUAUCAAAGAAGUCUAUAAAAUGUUGAUGGAUCACCUUACUUAGUCAGUGAGGGUCACUUUAGAGGUGGGGAAUAUAAGGUACACUAUUCCUGGUGUAAAUGUGUUUAGAGAUAGGAUUUCUGGAUAAUUGAGUCUUGUAAAAUGGGUAUCAUGGAUU